GACUGCCCCUCGAACCUCGAACUCACUGAAGGUAAUAAGGACGUUGCUCACUUUCGCACUUCUUAUAUACUAGACAGUCUAUACUUGUGAUCCUACAUUCAACCGAGAGAAAAAUCUGCCCCGAGAGCGCGACUUUCGUAUUGCCCAGGAUGGGGAAAGCUAAGACAUCGAAGCGUGGGAAUGCGACAGGGCCAUAUGAGCGCCCGUCCAAAUCCAAGAACAAUGCUGCCGUCAACAAUGUGUUCAAAUUCACCAAGGACUUGGGCCAACACAUUUUGAAGAACCCUGGUAUCGCGCAGGCUAUUGUGGAUAAAGCUUAUUUGAAGCCAACUGAUGUCGUUUUGGAGGUCGGUCCCGGAACCGGAAAUUUAACAGUUCAAAUUUUGAAUCAAGCGAGAAAAGUCAUCGCCUGUGAAAUGGACCCCAGAAUGGCUGCUGAGGUUACAAAACGUGUUCAAGGCAAACCUGAACAAAAACGGCUAGAGGUCAUAUUGGGCGAUGUGAUCAAGACGGAUUUGACAGAUAUGAACUUUGAUGUGUGCAUCAGCAACACACCCUAUCAGAUCUCAUCACCACUUAUAUUCAAGUUGCUGAGAUUACCAAAGCCGCCACGCACAUGUAUCUUGAUGUUCCAGAGAGAAUUUGCAAUGCGUUUAACUGCGCGGCCAGGAGAUCCUCUCUAUGGCAGACUGGCGGUUAACGCGCAGCUUUAUGCCAAGAUAUCACAUGUUUUAAAAGUUGGCAGGGCAAAUUUCCGCCCUCCCCCUCAGGUAGACUCUAGUGUGGUUAGGCUAGAGAUCAAAACAUCAGACCGGCCAAAUAUCAGUUUCGAAGAGUUUGACGGAAUGUUGAGGAUUUGUUUCAACCGACCGCGCAAGAUUCUACGAUCCGCGUUUCUCGGUAGUAAAGAAGUGCUCAAGCUCAUAGAAACGAACUAUCGCCUUUGGUGCGCGCAGAACGAUAUUCCUAUCGACGAAAGCCUCGUUGACGAUGCUGGAGAGGACGAAGAUAUGGAGGUUGACGAUAACGACAAUGAUCCUUCUAAUAUGGACGUCGACGGAGAUGAUAAUGAAUUGCCCUCAUUCUUUGGCGCAACGAAAACUACAGAUGAAGGUACUGUAGCCAAAACAAAAUCAUCUGGCAAAAAGACCCGUCUUGCUGUCUUGGUCAAGGAGAAAGUGCGCAAAGUGCUUGAGGAGACCGAGCUCGCCGAGAGCAGAAGCGCAAAGAUGGAUGAAAACUCUUUCUUGAGACUUCUCGCGGCGUUCCAUGCUGAGGGUAUACACUUCUCGUAAAAGGGCGUGAUCGACGAGAUUGCUUAGGGAUGAAGAACCUCAAAGAGCGAUCUUGUAUGUCCUAUGUACGAAUCGCGCAGAGCUGGAGUUUGGCGUUGAGGUAGAGUGACGACACUGAAUGACAAUACCCUACUUUGUAUUCAGCCAGUGUCAUUUGUCUAAGAAUAGAAUGAAGCUUUUGUUACCAAUUAACCAAAACGCAAUAGGAACAUGUGAAAUGCCGAAGCACAUGGUGUUGAUCU